UUCACAAAAGAAUAAUUUCACGCUUGACACCGUUGCCAUGGAUUCCGGAAGCUGUAAUGUUUACUUAAAGAUGUAAAGUUGUUACUUUUCGCAGAAGUAUCCAAAAUAUCUAAGAUGAGUCAGUUAAGUACGUGCUCUACACGGUCUUCGAUACCAGAAAGCUUGGUUGUCGACCAGGAUGUAGAAUUUAUUUGUGAACUUGAGCAAGUCAAUGAUUUAUACUUUUCAAAUGUUCAGUUUUCGGACGAACCACACUUUGGAGAAAAUGUUGUUUUUGAUGACAGUGAUGAAGAGAAUUAUGAUUCUGACUUGAAUGAUAGUAGUGAUAUUGAGUUACCGGAAGUGGAUAUUUGUGAACGUGAUAUUGACAUUAAGGAAAAUAAUGCAGUUAGUGAGUUUCAGGGAAAAGGCUGUGGAUGUCAUAAAAUUCAUGGAAAACCUUGUAGUCAGGUAAUUAACAUUGAUCAGGCUAUCGAAUAUAGAAUGCAGUGUAAGGAAAUGACAUCUGAUGAACUUGAUUUAACAGUUAAAGUACAGCUGUCUGCCCACAGGAGAGAUCUUACUCACUGGUCAUCUGCUAGGAACAAGAAACAACAAUUAAAGGACAGAGAAAGGGUAUCACAAGAAUAUUUUGUGUUUGGUGUAAAAGUGUGUAGAGAAACCUUCAUGUUUUGUCAUGGUAUAAGUAAGAAUAAGCUGGUAAACAUAGCUUCCUCACUUGAUAAAAAUGGACUUAAACCUAGGACUCAUGGAAAUACAGGUAAAAUGCCCAAGCAUGCUUUGUCAAUGACUGACACUGAACAGAUUGUAAGUUUUUUGUCCAGCUAUGCAAAUGCCAAUGGUUUGCCAUUACCAGGUAGAUUGCCAAAUUACAGACAGCAAAGUGUUAUACUGUUACCAUCUGAUCAGAGUAAAGCUGACAUACAUGCUCUUUAUAAUGAAGCAGCUCAGCAAAAUAGUUUCAGGGCAGUCAGCCUAUCUGAAUUCAAGAAAAUAUGGUUACAACAAUGUCCACACAUAGUUAUUUGUAAACCAGCUACAGAUCUUUGUGCUAAAUGCCAAAAAUAUGCACAUGAAAUCUCUAACAGUGGAAACUUAAGUGAGGAAGACAAAGAAACACUUUUAGAGAAUUACAGAACACACCUGAAUAAAGCCAAAUGUCAGAGAGAUUACUACAGGGAAAAGUGUGAGGCUGCUAAAUUGAAUUAUUCAGUGAUGACUCUAGAACAGAAAAUGAGAGGUCAGCCACCAUGUUCAUUGCCAGGAACACAGCAAUACUCAUUUGACUUUGCCCAGCAGCUAUUUUAUCCACACCAUGCACAACAAGUUGGACCUCUGUAUUUCAAAACUCCCAGGAAGUGCCAGUGCUUUGGAGUGUGCUCAGAAGGAGCAGGUACACAGGUAUUCUAUCUCAUUGAUGAAGCAGACUGCACUGGUAAAGGAGCUAACUGUGUGGCCAGCUUACUGCACCAUCAUUUUCAGCACCAUGGGUUUGGAGAGGAGCAUGUGCAGUUGCAAAUGGACAAUUGUUCUGGACAAAACAAAAACAACACUGUAUUGUGGUAUGGGCUAUGGAGAACUAUGACUGGGCUUCACAAGACUGUUGAGUUCUCACUCAUGGAAGCUGGCCAUACAAAGUUUAGUCCAGAUUGGCACUUUGGAGUAUUCAAGUCUAAAUGGAGACACUGUACAGUUGAGACCCUAGACCAGAUUGCUACAUGUGUUCUUCUGUCUUCAAAAAACAGGCACAACAUACCUCAGCUUGCAAAUGAUAGUGAGAAACCAGUGUUGUUUUAUGACUGGUCUGUAUAUCUUGGUCAGUUUUUCAAAUGCAUUCCUUCUCUGAAAAAGUACCAUCACUUCAGCAUGACAAGUGAAAAGCCUGGUGUAGUAUUGGUUAAGGAAUAUGCAGGUGACAAUGGACAGGAAAUUAAUGUCUUUAAGAAAAAUCCUCCAGUCCCAAGUGAUAGUCAGUUACCUUCUGUAAUUGUGCCUAAAGGUUUAGAUCCAUCUAGGCAGUGGUAUCUGUUUAAUGAAAUUAGGCAGUAUUGUCUUAAAGAGAAAAGCUCAUGUCCUAAGCCAUUGGUUCCAAAACCUGAAGCUAUAACUGUUAAGAGUGAUAGUGAAAAAAGGAAGAAGAAGUGUUCAUACAAACAGUAAGCCAGAUCAAGAGUUUGUCUUGCCUCUGUACAAAAGACUGAGAGAUUUGGAUUCUGACUUACUAUUACAAUGAACAUCAGGAUACUCCUUGGAUGUCAAUAUUCCUUAUGUCAGAAUCAGCUGGUGACUUUAACAGUGUUUUAUAAACAUGUGUUCAGCAAAAUUGAUUUCAGAGACACAUUUAAUAAAAAUAAAUAUUGAAAGGAACAUGUCAUGUAUAUACUUCACUAGUGCUUUUAAUUGUUAUUUCCUAGUUAUUUGAAAUACAUUCUCAGUUGUUCUUUACUACAGAUAUUCCUUUUUGUCAUGUUUCAUACAGCAUUUGUGAAACUACUGUGAUGCAUAUGGCACUGAAAUUGAAACCCUUACUUGAAAUCACAUACUGGAAACUAUUAAAUUACAAAAAUGAUAUUCUGAUCAUUGCAUAAAUAGACUAUGGUAAAGUAAUUGAAUACAUGUGUAUCAUGCACAGUGUAUGUAUUACUUAAUUCUACAUACUGCUUAACUACUGACAACAAUGUAAAUUUUUAUUUAUUUUUUAGUAUAUUAUAAGUAUUUUUGGACAUUAUAUACAGAUCUUAGUGAUUUCAAGAUUAAUGUUCUUAAUAAAUUUUGAUAUAUAUGUUUCAAGUUUGGCUCUGGUUUGUAGUAUAGUGUAUAUACUUUCAAUCUUGUACCUCAUAUAAUUGAAUUGGCAUGGUUGCUAUGGUAACUGAAUUUGACUAUUAAAACCUACCACUCAAUUUAAGUGAUAAAAAUGAUAAAACAUGAUUUGAUAAUGAUAUGAGUGAAUUCUAAAGUUAUCCUGUUUAUUUUUAAGUUGUUAUCCUAGUAUGUAUCACAUUUUCAUUGUUGCUAUGGUAACAAAAUGAUGUUGUGAAUUUUAGACUGGAGAUAUGUUCAUUCUUUAGUGACAAACUAUUGCAGGUAUGAAAUAGACCUACUGAAUUCAAGUUAUGAAGAUCAUAUUUUUUUGUGUUUUGAAUUUUAUUUUUCUAGUAAUAUUAGUUGUACACAAAACAUUACUAACAGAUAUGCACAUGGAAACAAACAUCAUAUUUUUUUAAAAGAGAAGUUACCUCCAGUGUUAACUGCCAGUAGGACAAAAGGUAUACUUUGUUAUUUCUCAUGUAAUAAUAGGUAGAAAUAUCACAAUGUCUACAUUUUAUAUUGAUAGCAUAAAGAAAAACACUUUAAGCUUAUAUUUUUAUAAUUUUAACUCGGUUACCAUGGCAACCAUUAUGUUAAUAUAUAUCUGCUAGUUCUAAUUAUUGAGCGGUUACCUUCCCAUACCACUUUGUCAUAUUAUGUACCAUGUAAAUGACUAGCACACAAGUACAAAGUGAAUAAAAUGUGUUGUUUCACUAUAGUAAUUGGUUUGUUUAAAUACUUGCAAGAUAGC